AUGAGGUCGGGCAACUACUGCCUCAGUCGAACAUUGCUUGGUGGUGCGCCUGCUGGUGGGGCCAUGGACGGUGCGUCCGGCACGGAGCAGUCGUCGGACGGGCGGGAGGUGUCAGAACGGCGUGUGCGGCGAGUGGGAGUGCACAAGAGCGCGUCGGAGGCCAACAUCACGGGAGCCGGGUUGCGGGGCGGCGGGUGGGUGUUGGCGGGGUCCAUGGGGGCGUUGACGGGCGCGGGCAGCGGCAAGUGGGUGAACGGUUCGGCGAUGAAGGCGCAGCUGCGCGCUGAGCAGGAGGAGCUGGCGUACCUGGGCAUGGAGGCGGAGCGCAUCGAGCGCAGUGGGGUCAUCGACAUCGUCAACCAUGACCACCACGGCGCCAGCGGUGGCGGCUUCCCCAAGCACCUUAGCUGGAACUACCGCGGGCUGGACAUCGCCCCCAGGGGCAGCAGUCGCGCCCAGGCAGGCGCCGACAGGGAUAGCGGGGUAGGGGUGGAGGCGGUGCUGGCGUCGUGGGCGCAGGAGAGGCGCGAGUUGGAGGGCCAGGUGGGCGCACUGAAGGCGGAGCUGAAGCGCAAGGAGAGAGAGCUCAAGGCGGCGAGCAAGGCCAAGGAAGCGGCGGGCAGGGAGGUGGAUGCGGUGUGGGGGCAGGUGAGCGCGGUGGAGGUGCAGCUGCACGAGGCGCAGGGCGACAAGUCAGCGCUGGAGAAGGAAAUUGAGGGGCUGCGCGCGCUGCACGUGUCUCGUACGCAUGACUCAGGAGAUUCAGCGGGCGCGCAGGCAGCGGAUACAGAGAUGGCGGGCAUGCUGAAGAUGGUGGGCGACUUCUCCCGCCGACUCGCUCUUGCAGACGACGCCGUGCGACGCGCCGAGGCAAAAAAUGACGAUCUGUCGGAGCUCUUGAAGGCGAGCGAGGCGGAACUGCGCGGAACAAGGGAGGCGCUGCGCACGGCGCAGGAGGAGCGGGACGCACUGGCGGCGGAGAUGAAGGAGGCGCUGGACACGUGGGCGUGGACCGGCUGGGCACACCCCGCUGCCGCUCCUGCUGCUGCCACCCAUAGCAGAGGGGGCAGCAGCGGCACCGGUGCCAUGGGUGUGGCCGCAUCGAGCACGUCCGCAUGGAAGGGGUCGCCAUGGGUUGAGCACACAGGGCCGGGUGGCGACGAUGGUAGGGAUGGCAUGCAGCGGUGGCAGCUGCGUGUACGGGAUAUUGCUGGUGCGAGCCAGUGGGGAAGGGGUGGGUACAGUGCUGGUGGUGGCGUGAGCCGGCCACCCCGGGACCUCAAGGCGCGACCAGGUGCAGUUUGA